GGGAAUCAACGUUAGCCAUGUCGGAGUCGGCCGCCUCGUCUCCAGACUAUGAACAGGACUGGGAUGAAAUGGAACGACGUUCAAUGGAGGUCCUGGAAAAAAGCGUUGAAGCGAUGGAGGAGGAGCCCACUGCGGCGAGCAGCGGCGCUUUUUCCGCCGGCACACUGCCAGCACUGCCAGCAGCAGGUUUACCAGAGCAUAUGAGGCUGAUGCAGGAGGCCUGCAGCCGAGAUCCCUAUCGACCCGAAGACCAUCAAUUCACCAGCGAGGAGAUGUGGGCGGGUUUCUCUUCGGCAGAGGAGGACGCUGAGGAAGAUCCAAAAAGUCAGGCUGUAGAAGUGCGGCCGACACAACAACCGCAAUCCCGUGCGAAGUCCAGCGCUGCAGGGGCGAAGGAGCUGGAGAUGAUGGAUGGAGCGCAGCAGCGUUUGCACCGAGUUUGUUUUCAGGAGCCAUAUCGCCCCGAAGACCACCAGUUGACAGUGGACGAGUUCUGGGGAGGCAUGGACGAGGAUACGCCAGCUGAAGAGGGCAGGUCCGAGCCGCCGCCCAAGACUCGGAAGUUGCAGACACCUGACGGCAUGGCAGAGGCUGAUGUUCGUUUGCAGCGCAUGCUGGCGGGAGCCGACGCGCCCAAGGCGUUGUCCACGUUGGAUUUCCAGGAGCUGAGCGAUGUGGCAUCAGACUGUCUCAAGGCUGCUGAAACCCUGCGAUGGGUGCUGGAAAGACAGCAUUACGUAAUCAAUCAAGAAUUUUCCUCGAAAAAAGA